GCCGCCCCCCUCCCCCGCCGCCGGGGCCGCCUCCCGCGGGCGCGCAUCUGCUCCGCUCCGCUCUCCCGGGAGAUUGGCGGACACACCUCCCGCUGGGACCGUGCCGAGCCGGGCUGAGCCGAGCCGGGCCGGGCCAUGGCCCCGCCGUGUCCCGGGGCGCUGCGCUGCGCGCUCCUGUGCGCGCUGCUCUGCGCGCAGGGAGCCGCUCCCACCCGCGCAGGAGAGUGUGGCAAGCUGAGGUCCUGCGAGAUGUGUACAGCCAGCAGCCACUCCCACAACGGCACCGACUGCGUCUGGGUGGGCUGCGGGACCCCCGAGGAGCCAGGAGCAGGGAGCUGCGUGCAGAGAGGGGCAGCAGUGCGGGAGACCUGUGCCCUCUACAACACCAGCACCCUGUGCCGAGCACUGAAGUCACACACGGAAGAGCCUCCACGAUCCCACAGCAAGGAGCCAGUGACACACUCCACAAGGACCACCACCACCAGUGCCCCGCUGACGGGCAGCCCUGAGUUUCACCCGCCCGGCUUUGACACCGCGAGUUUCAUCGGGGGCAUCGUGCUGGUGCUGUGUGUCCAGGCCGUGGCCUUCUUCAUCAUCAAGUUCAUCAAGUCCAAGGACAGCACCUACCAAACGCUGAUCUGAGGUCCCCGCGCCUCCAGGCUGGGGGGUUGCUGUCCCCGUCCUCCCCAGGUGAAGAGGCCACUGCUGGUGUCACCCUGCCCGCAGCCAGGCUGUCCCCUCUGCACAGGCCCCCCACACCACGACUAUGCAAAGCUGGGGACACCAGGGUGAGACCCCUCACCCCGGCCUGCCCCAUCCCCCACGCGGUGCCUGGGGAUGCUCCGGGGGUUUGAACCCUGCGGCUGCUCCCGGGGGAUGCAGGGGGAUGGGGGGGCCCAUCCAGCCCUGAACUCCACCUUCGGCCCCCCACCUGAGCUGGCCAGACGCCCAGGGCAGCCAGGAACCAGAGGACACAUGGCCACGGGUGGCAGUGGGGGACCACCUG